AUGAUGGAUAGAACCAAUCUGAAUGAGAUGGAUAGUAUUGGUGAUUACUACACAUGGUCUAACAAGCAUAAUGAGAAUGUUAUUUACUUUAGGAUUGAUCAUGUUCUGGCCAAUGUGGAAUGGUAUAAGAAAUACAUUCAUGUCAGCCUUAACAUUUUGGCUCUUAGUGUUUCAGACCAUGCUAUACUUCUUUUAAAUAGUCAUGAGCUGAACAGACAAAAGAGGAUGAAUCAUUUCAAGUUCCUGAAUAACAUGAAUGAUAUGGAUGUCUAUCAAAAGGAAGUAACCAAUAGGUGGAGGGACCCUUUUAAUGGGAGGCCUAUGUUUGUCUUGUGGAAGAAGCAAAUCAGGGUUCAUGCUAGUACCAGAGCUCUUAGAAAACCUCUGAUAGAGGCUUCCUACUCCAUAAAGAAUGUUGGAUACUCAAGAUAG